GCAGCCACCGGAAUCCGGGACGCGGGGAGCCGCGUUACGGGAAUCGCUACCUCUCGGAAUCCCGCCCCCUCGUCGACGGGCGGCCGCUGGACCAAUGCCUGGGCGCAAAGGGUCUCUCAGGGGCCAAUCAGCGCCUAGGUCCCGGUAGGGGGCGGGGCGCAGCCGUGGCCGGCCGGGGGCGCAGCUGGGCGGGAUUGGGGAGCGUCCCGCCCCGCCGCGGGACUGGGGUGGCGCGCUACCUCUGCGGAGAAGGAUCCGCGAGUGUUCGGGAGCCGGGGCGAGCAGCCAGAAGGCCCGCGGAGCCGCGCUGGGCCGCCCCGGCGCAGCUGUACCGGGGGCCGCGCCUGCCAGGCCAACGGGUCUGGCCCAGCCUGGCGCCAAGGGGUUCGUACGCUGUGGAGACGCAGAGGGUCGAGGCGGCGCGGCCUGAGUGAAACCCAAUGGAAAAAGCAUGACAUUUAGAAGUAGAAGACUUAGCUUCAAAUCCCUACUCCUUCACUUACUAACUUUGUGAUUUGGAAAUAUCCGUGCAAGAUGUUGACGUUGCAGACUUGGCUAGUGCAAGCCUUGUUUAUUUUCCUCACCACUAAAUCUAUGGGUGAACUUCUAGAUCCAUGUGGUUAUAUCAGUCCCGAAUCUCCAGUUGUACAACUUCACUCUAAUUUCACUGCAGUUUGUGUGCUAAAGGAAAAAUGUAUGGAUUAUUUUCAUGUAAAUGCUAAUUACAUUGUCUGGAAAACAAACCAUUUUACUAUUCCUAAGGAGCAAUAUACUAUCAUAAACAGAACAGCAUCCAGUGUCACCUUUACAGAUAUAGCUUCAUUAAAUAUUCAGCUCACUUGCAACAUUCUUACAUUCGGACAGCUUGAACAGAAUGUUUAUGGAAUCACAAUAAUUUCAGGCUUGCCUCCAGAAAAACCUAAAAAUUUGAGUUGCAUUGUGAAUGAGGGAAAGAAAAUGAGGUGUGAGUGGGAUCGUGGAAGGGAAACACACUUGGAGACAAACUUCACUUUAAAAUCUGAAUGGGCAACACACAAGUUUGCUGAUUGCAAAGCAAAACGUGACACCCCCACCUCAUGCACUGUUGAUUAUUCUACUGUGUAUUUUGUCAACAUUGAAGUCUGGGUAGAAGCAGAGAAUGCCCUUGGGAAGGUUACAUCAGAUCAUAUCAAUUUUGAUCCUGUAUAUAAAGUGAAGCCCAAUCCGCCACAUAAUUUAUCAGUGAUCAACUCAGAGGAACUGUCUAGUAUCUUAAAAUUGACAUGGACCAACCCAAGUAUUAAGAGUGUUAUAAUACUAAAAUAUAACAUUCAAUAUAGGACCAAAGAUGCCUCAACUUGGAGCCAGAUUCCUCCUGAAGACACAGCAUCCACCCGAUCUUCAUUCACUGUCCAAGACCUUAAACCUUUUACAGAAUAUGUGUUUAGGAUUCGCUGUAUGAAGGAAGAUGGUAAGGGAUACUGGAGUGACUGGAGUGAAGAAGCAAGUGGGAUCACCUAUGAAGAUAGACCAUCUAAAGCACCAAGUUUCUGGUAUAAAAUAGAUCCAUCCCAUACUCAAGGCUACAGAACUGUGCAACUGGUGUGGAAGACAUUGCCUCCUUUUGAAGCCAAUGGAAAAAUCUUGGAUUAUGAAGUGACUUUAACAAGAUGGAAAUCACAUUUACAAAAUUACACAGUUAAUGCCACAAAACUGACAGUAAAUCUCACAAAUGAUCGCUAUGUAGCAACCCUAACAGCAAGAAAUCUUGUUGGCAAAUCAGAUGCAGCUGUUUUAACUAUCCCUGCCUGUGACUUUCAAGCUACUCACCCUGUAAUGGAUCUUAAAGCGUUCCCCAAAGAUAACAUGCUUUGGGUAGAAUGGACUACUCCAAGAGAAUCUGUAAAGAAAUAUAUACUUGAGUGGUGUGUGUUAUCAGAUAAAGCACCCUGUAUCGCAGACUGGCAACAAGAAGAUGGUACCGUGCAUCGCACCCAUUUAAGAGGGAACUUAGCAGAGAGCAAAUGCUAUUUGAUAACAGUUACUCCAGUAUAUGCUGAUGGACCAGGAAGCCCUGAAUCUAUAAAGGCAUACCUUAAACAAGCUCCACCUUCCAAAGGACCUACUGUUCGGACAAAAAAAGUAGGGAAAAACGAAGCUGUCUUAGAGUGGGACCAACUUCCUGUUGAUGUUCAGAAUGGAUUUAUCAGAAAUUAUACUAUAUUUUAUAGAACCAUCAUUGGAAAUGAAACUGCUGUGAAUGUGGAUUCUUCCCACACAGAAUAUACAUUGUCCUCUUUGACUAGUGACACAUUGUACAUGGUACGAAUGGCAGCAUACACAGAUGAAGGUGGGAAGGAUGGCCCAGAAUUCACUUUUACUACCCCAAAGUUUGCUCAAGGAGAAAUUGAAGCCAUAGUCGUGCCUGUUUGCUUAGCAUUCCUAUUGACAACUCUUCUGGGAGUGCUGUUCUGCUUUAAUAAGCGAGACCUAAUUAAAAAACACAUCUGGCCUAAUGUUCCAGAUCCUUCAAAGAGUCAUAUUGCCCAGUGGUCACCUCACACUCCUCCAAGGCACAAUUUUAAUUCAAAAGAUCAAAUGUAUUCAGAUGGCAAUUUCACUGAUGUAAGUGUUGUGGAAAUAGAAGCAAAUGACAAAAAGCCUUUUCCAGAAGAUCUGAAAUCACUGGACCUGUUCAAAAAGGAAAAAAUUAAUACUGAAGGACACAGCAGUGGUAUUGGGGGGUCUUCAUGCAUGUCAUCUUCUAGGCCAAGCAUUUCUAGCAGUGAUGAAAAUGAAUCUUCACAAAACACUUCGAGCACUGUCCAGUAUUCUACCGUGGUACACAGUGGCUACAGACACCAAGUUCCGUCAGUCCAAGUCUUCUCAAGAUCCGAGUCUACCCAGCCCUUGUUAGAUUCAGAGGAGCGGCCAGAAGAUCUACAAUUAGUAGAUCAUGUAGAUGGCAGUGAUGGCAUUCUGCCCAGGCAACAGUACUUCAAACAGAACUGCAGUCAGCAUGAAUCCAGUCCAGAGAUUUCACAUUUUGAAAGGUCAAAGCAAGUUUCAUCAGUCCAUGAGGAAGAUUUUGUUAGACUUAAACAACAGAUUUCAGAUCAUAUUUCACAAUCCUGUGGAUCUGGGCAAAUGAAAAUGUUUCAGGAAGUUUCUGCAGGAAAUGCUUUUGGUCCAGGUACUGAGGGACAAGUAGAAAGAUUUGAAACAGUUGGCAUGGAGGCUGCGAUUGAUGAAGGAAUGCCUAAAAGUUACUUACCACAGACUGUACGGCAAGGCGGCUACAUGCCUCAGUGAAGGACUAUAGUUCCUGCUACAACUUCAGCAGUACCUAUAAAGUAAAGCUAAAAUUAUUUUAGCUGUGAAUUCAGAUUUUAAAAAGUCUUCACUCUCUGAAGAUGAUCAUUUGCCCUUAAGGACAAAAAUGAACUGAAGUUUCACAUGAGCUAUUUCCAUUCCAGAAUAUCUGGGAUUCUACUUUAAGCACUACAUAAACUGACUUUAUCCUCAGACUAGCUGAAUGAUUUUGUGCUGUUUCAGGAUGUUUGCACUGAAGAAAAACAGAAAGCUUAUCUGAAAUUUAUAAAACUUUUUGUUUUGCUACAUAGAAAACAGAAGGUAUUUAAUAAGCGGUGAUAUGCUUAGUGAGCACAGCUAUACUGAUUUUGAUUAGAAUAGUCAUCAAAGUGGCUUAGGGACAGUUAAUAUAAAAGAUUAGAGGAGCAAGGUGUAGACCAUCUACUUCCGCUAAAAUAAGUUAAAAAGAGGUCCAUAGGCCAUAACUGUAUGAGCCCAGCUUUUGUAAUCUGACAAAAAAAUGAGGAGCAGCCUCAUGUAUAUCAGUGUACACAGUAUUCCUUAGGUCCCUUCCAUUGGUAGUGAUGCUGCGAGUUAUUACUGGAGAAAAGGAAUUCUAGAGCUUUAACUUGGCAGAUUAAAAGUACUCAUUUUUUAUUCAUCAAUAAUUAGUAAUCUCACUAGUUUUCAAAAAUUUUCGUAUUAUUGACAACCUCUUUGAAGAUCCAUUUCACAAACUCAACAGAGUGCCAUGAUAAGAGCUAGGGAACCCCCAAACUAUCUCAAGCAUCUAAAAAAUUGCCAUUUUUAAAGGCUUAAAUUGUAGUAGUAAAGGGGAAAAAGGAAGUAGUAGUAAAGGGGAAAAAAAAAACCCUAAAGCAUCUAAAAAUUGGCAUUUUAAAAGGCUUAAAUUGCUAAUGAUAUACACACAUAUAUACACAUAGUAAAGGGGAAAAAGGAAGUAGUAGUAAAGGGGAAAAUAAAACCCUAAAGCAUCUAAAAAAUUGGCAUUUUAAAAGGCUUAAAUUGCUAAUGAUAUACACACAUAUAUACACGUAUCAUUGACUUUUCUUAAGACUUCAGAGUAUUGGGUAGAUGAACACUUUAUACAGUAUAUAUCUUCAGCUUAAAUUUGUUUCGAGUAUUUUUUUUAAUUUUUAAGUAGGCAAAGAUUUAAAUUUUUUUUUAGUAAAUGUUUGAAGCAAACUAAGACGACUUGGGCAAUAUUUACCAAAACAAAACAGAACCCCAAAAAAUGUACAUCUUGAUCUUAGCAAAUAUCGUUAUUGUAGAGACACUUUUAAUAAAGAGAUGGUAUUUUAAUAUCUGCAGUUCUGAGGUAGGGUGGAACUUAGUUCUACAUUGUGAUUUAGGAAUUUUUAAAACCUUUUUUCUUCAAGGGAGAAGUGACCCAGGCCUCGAGUUUAGUGCUAAAGCCACUAGUGUACUUAUGCUGUCCCCUAAUCACCACAUGCGAUAAUGGAGGCAGAUGCUAAAUAUAGGGGCUUUCUUAAGAAAGUAAGGAAAUUAGCAAGCGUUAUUAGUGAUUGACUACUGCUAUCAAGUGAAUUCAAAGGAAACAGGUUUUCAUGCCGUAUUUAAGUUACAGAAACCAGGCAUGCUUAGAAUAGAAAGCUAAGAAAACUUGUUAUGCAUUUACAGUUGAAAUAUAAUUACACUUUUUACUCUCAGAAUAUUGUUCACAUUAGACUUCCUGUUUAUCUUUUAUAUUCUUGCAUUUAUAUAAUGCCUGAUCCUUUCAAAGUUCUUUCACAUAUGAUCUUUAUGAAAAAAAGUAGAUGCUUUAUUCUGAUAUAUUCAGUUUCCCACUUUAGGCAAAAGUAGAUUAAUAGAAUGACGAAUUCAAAGUAGAUGAGGAAAAUCAGGCACAGAGAAGUAAAAGUAGGAUAGACCCAAAUUUACACAAGAUAAUGACAUCAUCACCAGCUUUUAAGUUGAUCAUCAAAGGCUGGGCUGGGUUUGUCUCGCUAUAUGUGUCAGGAAAUUUAUACAUUUUCCAUUUUUUCAAAAUAAGUCACAUGACUGUAAUGUUUAGCUGCAACUUUCCUCAUAACAAAUAGUGUCAUGAAGAAUGUUGUAGUGUGAAGUUUGUACAUUUCAGGGUCAGAUAUACAAUGUGAACUCUUGAUCUACAGGAAUGAGAAUGGAGGAUCAUUGAAGGCCACGAUAUAAACAAAUUUGCAUGUUGAAGCCUGUAUAAAACAUGGUACAGUGAGUGAAUAGACCCCCAUCCCCAAGAACACUUUAUACAUAUUAAAUGGAUAUAUGAUUACUGUGCAAAAAUUCAUUCUGGAAAUGAACAUAUAUUUGAGCACUAAUAUGUAAUGUACAUCGUCUGCCCUAAGGAGAAAACAAAUUAUAAAACUUUUUACAUUCAAAAUUACUUUCCCGAGCAUGUCUUAGAAUAAUCUCUGUGUUGAUGCAUGUAAAUUGUAUUUUAGUUAGGCAAAGAAACAAAUCUGGUUAUUUAUGUAAAAACUAGUCUAAUAAAGUUACUGGCUUUAUCACUUUAAAUCUUUAGUGUCUAAAAGUGGUGUUUAAAGUAAUAGCACAUCAGAAAACCUUGGCUGGACAAAACUAGUUCACUCACUGCUUCUGCACCUGCAGUUGCUCCCUUUAGGGUUAUAAAAAAAAGGACCCAAAUGUUACAUGUGUUGAUAUUAUAACUUGUCAGUUACUGAUGUCUGUGGUAUCCUACCCUCAUCUCUGAAAGGGAUAAUACUGAAUACUUUGUACCAUUAAAACCUAAAAUUUUAAUCCUGUCCUUUUUUACUAUGGAUCAGUCGGCACUCGGGAACAGAGCAGCAAGGAAAACAAGCAAAUUUCAUUCACGUGUUCUGUGUUCAUACCUCUUCUCUACCUAAUUGUUCAUUUAAAUUUCAGCCUUAUUCCUUGAUGAUAAGGGAUUUUACCACAUGAAGUCAUCCAGUGACCCUAGCUCUUAUUGUGAAGUUAGUGGAGUAUACUUAGAAAUGUUACAACUUUAAAAUGUUACAAAACAUUUAUUAAAGCUCAUAUUUAAAGUAGAGCAUCUAGUUUGAGAAAUAGAAAUCAAUUAUUAAAGAUGUCUUUUUCCUACCCAUUUAACUAGUUAAAGCCAUGACAUGUAAAUGUAAAAGUAGAAUGAUCAUAGAAUUCCCUAAAAUAUUUCUGUUUACUAACAUAUUGACCAAGUACAUCAAGCAGGAGAGAUCUUCCUUCAUUCUGUUAUAGUCCACAUCAUUCUAAUUUUGCUCAGUUGUUAUUAAGAGCAUAUUCCUAAACCAUACACUUUUGUUUCAAUAAAGUUUUAUUUUGUUGAGAUGAAUAACAGUUAUAAGCUACAUAAGACAAAAGUUCAACUGUUCAAAAAAAUUUACUGGGAUAGCUUUCUAUUAUAGGUAUUGUUAGAUUAUAUUGCGCUGAUAAGAUUACUUUCUAAAAAGUUUGUACUUUUCUGUAAAUUAAAAGAAUAUGGAGUCAUAAAAUGGCAAGGGUUUUAGGAUUAGCCUAAAAUUGGACAUUGUCAUCAAUUUCAAAGAAGGUAUGAACUAGCAGUCUUACAGCCUAAUUCUUUGGACUGGUCCUUGGCAGCAGUUCCUUUUCAGACUCGAUAAACAGAAUUCAGACAGAUGUAAGUCAAAACAAAACUUUACAAAGCCAAGCUUAUUAUCUUUUGCAUUAACCUAUUUUUUUCCAUCAUACAUGCUACUAGUAUGUGCAUUAGCAUGAUAUUCUCAUGUACGUUGCAUUAAAAAUUAAAAGGCAGCUCAGGGUGAGCUCUUCCGUUGCUCAUUUGUUCCUAAAUUUUUAAGGGCUUUUCCUCAGUCAGUAGUUUGUACAAACUGGUUAGUUUAAUUUCAUUGCCCAUUUCAUUAAAGUUGAUGGAUCGUGUAAUGAGAUGCAUUUAAGGCUGAUAGUGAUAGAUGUUUUUUUAUUUCUUGAACACAAGCUUUGUCUGAGUGAUGUUCUUUUAUCUCUUGAACACAAGCUUUGAAUGAUAACUACAGGUUUUAAGUGCUGUUACAUUAAUACCAUAAUGUGAUAUGUUAGAAACAAAGGGAUAUUUCAAAGGUAGAUAUUUGAAAAUUCUCUAGUCUCAAUGUAUAUGUGUAUUGAAUAUACUCUAAAAAUAAAUGUGCAAUUUGCUAGUAGGACAAUGCAGUGACUAGCAUUAGGUAUGUCUCUUUUAUAUCCUAGCUAUGUCCCACUUUCUUCUAAGUGCAAUCCUUUCAUGUUCACUUGCUGUUUUACCCCAUCUACUCUAACUUCAUUUGGAAGGCUUGUCUAGAGUAUAGCAUGUAUUUUUACCUUUGCAGUGAAUUGCAUGUGCUAAUUGUAACUACAGCUAUUUUCAUGUUGACAUAACUCCAAAUGUUAUAUUAAAUGUUCUAUUAUAUAUUAGCUCUAAUCCCUUAAGUAAAUUUUAAGAAAUAAAUUCUUGUUCAAAUUUUUUCUGUA